GACAGAGAGCUGAAUAUGGAUUCCAUAUUUCAUGAAAAACAAGAGGGCUCUCUUUGUGCCCAACACUGUCUCAACAACCUCCUGCAGGGUGAGUAUUUCACUCCUGUGGAUCUGUCCUCCAUCGCCCAUCAGCUUGAUGAAGAGGAGAGGAUGAGGAUGGCUGAGGGAGGUAUGGGCAGUGAGGAGUAUAGGACCUUCUUACAGCAACCAUCUGGAAACAUGGACGACAGCGGGUUCUUUUCAAUUCAAGUAAUUAGCAAUGCUCUGAGAGUGUGGGGCUUGGAGUUAAUCCUCUUCAACAGCAGAGAGUAUCAGAGCCUGAUGAUUAAUCCAAUAAAUGAGAAAGCCUUUAUUUGCAACUACAAGGAGCACUGGUUUACUAUACGCAAACUUGGACAGCAGUGGUUUAACCUGAAUUCUCUGUUGACUGGACCAGAGUUGAUAUCGGACACCUAUCUAGCCCUCUUCCUUGCACAGUUACAACAGGAAGGUUAUUCCAUAUUUGUGAUCCGAGGAAACCUCCCUGAGUGUGAAGCAGAGCAGAUCCUAGGGAUCAUGAGAGUGCAGCAGCAGCAGAGACCAAGGCUUAUUGGAGAAGAAGAGGCUCAAUCAAGUGCAGGCAGGUCUGCAGCUCUGAACCAAACGGAGAUGAGCUUUGGUGUGGAGGAAGAGGUUGUGGAUGACGAUGAUGAGCUGAAGAGAGCUUUGGCACUCAGCAGACAGGACAUCGACGUGGAAGAUGAAGAAGCUGAUCUUCGGAGGGCCAUACAGCUCAGCAUGCAAGGAGCUGUGAUGAGCAACAAGCCCUCGGAGUCUGAAAUGGGAAACGUGAAAUCGGGGAGCAAUGCUGGAGCACAAAGAGAAGGCCAGAACGAGACGCUGACAGCAGAAGAAUUGCGGAAGAGAAGACAAGCCUAUUUUGACCGGCAACAGCAACAAGCUCAAUCAAACAUUCCUCAACAACCAGAUACAAUAUCAACAGGUGGCUCAAGCUCUGUAAACACUGUCUCUGAACAGGACCAACAACAACAAAAGCCCAGCCAGUGAAGCUGUGAAAGGUUUGCCUGCGUUGUUUACCAGCUGCCUGAAUUGGCAACCCCCUCACAGGGGUUGGCUUUGCUCCUUCUUCUAACCUUUUGCACAUGCGAACAUAAUGGACAGUCAGAAGGCUGACAUGUUCCCCUGGUUAGUUCGCUGAGUGGCUUUAGAGAAGAGAUCAAUGACAAAGAAAAGGCAGGAGUUAGUUUAAUAUAACUAACUGAGGCACUGACACUGGGAAAAGGGUGACCACAGAACUCAUGAUGCAGUUAAACCAAGUUUGCAAUUGCCUUUUUACCAUGGCGCCUUCUAUUUGUAUUGUAUACUGUUUUUUAUUCUCUAUUUUUCCCCCUUGAUGAGAUAGAGAGGAAUCCACAUACAAAGGGUGAUUACCUGUGUAAGGGUAAAUACAUACAGAAGUUGGUGUUAUGUGAAAGGACACUUAUGUUAGGGCCAUAUAUAAAAUCUGAUAUUUUUGACUUGCGUUUGUAGAACAUGGACUAUAUAAUUCCACUGCUUGACCCUCCAGAACACUAUUAUAGUUUAAAAUCAAUUUGUGUUGCUACAUUCUGAAAUAUCUCGUAGCCACUAACACUAACAUACGUUGGUCAUUUAUUCCUCACAUCAUAAAUCAUUUUCCUCGUGGAUGCCCAAGAGUGAACUCUGAAGGUUUUGGGGCAACAAUGCAAUUCCAGUGUUGUGGCUUUAUUAUUACCUAUAAGUGUAUAAAUAGGCAUUAUGAAUAAUGUACGAUAGUACCACUCUUGAUUUCAGGAUGUUUUGUCCAUCUCCAGCAGAGGGUGAACAAAUCCCUCUAUAGAGCUAUUUCCUACAUCUAACAUGCUUUCAUUGAUGCAUAUUUUUCACAUCUUGUCUGAAAUAAGUUGACAUGUUAUGGGGAACAAAGAAGCGUACUGUAAGAACCAUUAACCUGCAGAUAUAGAUAAAUACACUGUAUUCUUCCAGCAGUAUGAUCCCUUGAUACCAAAACCAAAAGUCCCACCAGUCUGCAAUACCAAGUACCAAGACUCCAGCUGUUGUUUCUCUUUCUCAGUAUUGUUCAUGAACAUUAAAGGAAUCAUUUAAAUAAAGAUAAAACAAAAAAUGA